GUGUGUGCGUGUGUAUACAUUUCUAUGUACGUGUACAUCACGGCCUACGUACACAUGUGCGUGUGUUUUCAAUUGUAUGCGUCUGUCUGGAAGCAGGUAUAUGUAUGUUUAUGUUUAUGUAUGUAUAUGUAUGUUUAUGUAUAUGUAUGUUUAUGUAUAUGUAUGUUUAUUUGUGUG